GGUUUCGAGUAGAGAAAAAGGGUAGAGAAAAAGACGAACGAGAGGGACAAGCAAGAUAUUGUAUAGCAUUUAUGUAUUAGUUUAUUCUCUGAAUUCAGGCCAAAGCUAUCCCUAAGUUUCACCACUUCAUUUUUGCACUGCUGAGCUUUGAGACGUUUUCUGCUAAUUCUUCUUUCCUUCUGUUUCCCGGUGAUUCAGAUAUGGUAGAUGAUGAGAAAACUCUGGUGGAGAUCUUAGAUGAGCACACCCCGAUUGACAUCUCUAAGUAUAUAAACUAUGUCAGUGCCCCACAAGCUGGCGCUAUAGCAACAUUUUCUGGUACAACAAGGGACACUUUUGAGGGCAAACAAGUGGUGGAGCUAAGGUAUGAGGCAUACGUGCCAAUGGCCAUCAAAUGCAUGAAAUCCAUAUGUUCAUCUGCAAGGUCAUCCUGGAACCUCCACUCCGUGGCGGUGGUGCACCGCCUUGGGCCGGUUCUGGUGGGCGAAACAAGCGUCUUCAUUGCAGCGUCAUCUGUUCACAGAGUCGAUGCAUUGGAGGCAUGUAAGUUUGUGAUUGAUGAGGUGAAGGCAUCAGUUCCCAUUUGGAAGAAGGAGGUUUAUUCUGAUGGAGAGGUUUGGAAGGAGAAUUCUGAGUUCUCGGAGAGGAGGUUGGAUUUUGGGAAGGAUGAUGAUGAUGGGAGGAGUGGUGUUAAAGAAGUUGAGAAGGUUCAUAGGCAUGAGAGGAAAAGCUGCUGUGGUGCUAAGGUCAAGGUAAAAGAUGAAAGUGCUGCUGAGAUUAUCCCCAGCAAUGGGGUUGGUGAAAGAAAUUGAGUAGAAUAAGUCUUUUUGUAAACAGUGAUAAUGAUAAUUAUGCAUUUUGUUGUUCUUGUAAACAUUGUGAUUUUGCUGAGAUCAUCUUGUUGUUGCACUAGCAUUUUUUGGUUCCAAUAUCCUCAAAAGAAAUUAAAUUUUCUCGAAAUCCAGUUAAACUUAACUUCAAAUUUUAAACAAAAAGCCAAUACAGCAGCAACAAUAUGUUGAAUUUUCCAGCUGACAGCUUCCGCCCCUUAAGACAACCUUCUAAAACCACCGCCUUCCGCCCCUUUCUCACUGCAAGCUCACCCUUUAGAAACACCAUGCUUCCAGGCUCCGCCCAUUCAGCGACCUUGCAGACGCCUCUAAACACCAAGCAACUAUUCUGGACUGAGAAUCUCUAGCCACCAACUGCAACAAUUGAAGGAUAACUCCAUUACUCCACCCAUGGGAUCAUCCAAGGGUGUUCUUCUAAUAGUCUCCCUCGUUGAAAAGCUGAAUUCUUCACAUAUUUCGCCUCAAGAAACUCGAACCCGAAACUUGUCCAAAUUUGUUUGCCAACAGUUUGGCAACCAAAUCCCUAUUACAUUAUGCUUAUAUAAAAUUAUAAAACACAAUACCAUUAUGCUAAUAGUCUCCCUCGUUGAAAAGCUGAAUUCUUCACAUAUUUCGCCUCAAGAAACUCGAACCCGAAACUUGUCCAAAUUUGUUUGCCAACAGUUUGGCAACCAAAUCCCUAUUACAUUAUGCUUAUAUAAAAUUAUAAAACACAAUACCAUUAUGCUAAUAGUCUCCCUCGUUGAAAAGCUGAAUUCUUCACAUAUUUCGCCUCAAGAAACUCGAACCCGAAACUUGUCCAAAUUUGUUUGCCAACAGUUUGGCAACCAAAUCCCUAUUACAUUAU